UUCUUUGAACAUCGCUAGUCACAGGUAGGAGAGUUCACGAGCAGGAAACCCGACUUCCUCACUUAUUUGUGGACUCAAACAGAAAUGGUAUUGUUCAUCAUUUCAUUUCCAAUAAACUAGAAUGAAUCAGAAGAUGAUAGAUAACUGCACAUAUGACGGAAACGAGACUUUUAUAGCUACCAAUGAUACCUUUAUAAAAGACAUUCCCACAGAAAACGUUUACAUUCUUCCAUGGUGGCAACAGACUUUAUGGAGCCUUGCGUUUGGAGGAAUGGUUCUAGUUGCUACUGGUGGCAACGUGAUCGUCAUCUGGAUUGUACUGGCUCAUAAAAGGAUGAGAACCGUCACCAAUUACUUCUUGGUGAACCUUAGCUUAGCAGACACCAUGGUUUCCACCUUGAACGUUAUCUUCAAUUUUUCAUCCAUGCUGAACGGUGACUGGCCUUUCGGUAGUGCUUACUGCAAAGUGUCCAACUUCAUCUCUAUCUUGUCGGUAGCUGCUAGUGUAUUUACACUCAUGGCAAUCUCCAUUGACAGAUAUAUGGCUAUCAUGCACCCCUUAAAGCCCCGGAUGUCCCGAGUGACCACUCUCAACAUCACCUUGUGGAUAUGGGUUGCAAGCAGUACCCUGUCUUUACCGAAUAUACUUUACUCGACAACUAUGAAGGAAAUUUACCCAAAUGGAGACUAUCGUGUUAUAUGUUACAUGAUAUGGCCUGACGGACCCACCACUCAAAGCUACACAGAAUACAUUUAUAACGUGAUGAUUCUGGUUUUGGCUUAUAUUUUACCUAUUACCUCAAUGACAUUCACCUAUUUUCGAGUUGGUCAAGAACUGUGGGGCAGUCAAAGUAUUGGUGAGUGUACAGCUGCACAAAUAGAAGCCAUCAAGUCAAAGAGAAAGAUCGUGAAGAUGAUGAUUGUUGUAGUGUUCAUAUUUGCUGUGUGCUGGCUUCCUUACCACACCUACUUCCUUCUGGCUCACCAUCAUAGAGAAAUUACCAGCUACAAAAAUAUCCAACAUAUAUACCUUGGAAUAUAUUGGCUUGCUAUGUCCAACUCAAUGUACAACCCCAUCAUCUACUGUUGGAUGAACAGCAGGUUUCGUCAAGGGUUUAAGAAAGUAUUCAUGCUGUGUUUCUGCCGACUACCAGAAGAUACUAUGAAACUCUACGAACAGCGCCACCAAGCGGUUGCUCGCAACAGCUGCUCAGAACCAUACGCCGAUACCCGAGUUACUUUCAACGGAAAUAUUAAUGUACCUUUGCACACCGUCACAGAGACGCUUAACGGUAGUGGAAAUUCAAGCAGUUCUUUACUUCUGCCAAAAUAUGGACCCAAAGGACAAAAGCUUUCAAACGUUUAAGACGAAGAUGUUGAUCAUUAUAACCUGAUAUCUUAAGGUGUGUGACGAACAAGUAACAUGGCGAAAGACAUCUGGUGUACUUUAGUAUUUUAUGCGAUUCCUGCAGCUCUCUAAUUAGUUGGACUUUUAUUAUCUCUGUACUUAGUUAGUCGUUAAAUGCUCUGUCAUAGUUUAGUCGUUAUGAUAAGUGGAUAUUCUGAUAAGACUCUAUCCUUGGCAUUGUUAAUCCUAUCCCAAUAGAUGCCAGAAAAUUUUGUAUGUGUUUCCUCGUAGAAAAAAAAAUGCGCUAAAAGUUAUAAAAUGAAUACGGGUGUCAUCCGUUUAGAGUGUGAAAAAUAAAUGUAUUUAAGUUUAAAAAUGAAUUUUACAGAUACAAGCAAUUAUAAGUAUUAAUAGUUGUGUAUAUAUGUUGUCAGAAGAUCUAGCUUCAUGACAGUCUUACAAAAGAAAUUAUAUAUAUAUAUAUAUAUGCAUCAUAAUGAUAAUAAUGCUUUUUUUCCCUAAAAUAGUAACAAAAAAAACAUGAAUGUUUCGAUUAAAUAACCAUAUUGUGGGUUUUUGCAAGGUUUUUUUUCAUUUGAGUUAUGGUAAUUUUUUGUGGCCCAUUAGCUCUGAACUAGUAAGACAGUUGUGAGCAAAAAUAGUAUUUACAAUACCAUAGCAUCAGGGGAUUAAAUAAAACAGGCAUUUAUGAUAAUUUAGUAUACGAUAUGUAACAAGAAACGUGAAUAAGAAAGUUAUAAAAAAUAACUGAAAUGAAAAAAAAAAUUGAAGGAUCAAUAAUA